AUGGAAGAUGAUGAGGCAUGCAUCACAAGCCUAAGUCUUGGACUUGGAUUAGAAGGGUAUGUACCAAAGAAGGAAAAGCAGAAUAUAAACAAGCCACUGCCUUGUUUGGACCUAACGAUUGAGCUUUGUCCAAAAGGGGAAGCCAUAGAGGUGGAUCAACAGCAUCAUAAGGCCGAAGGAUCGAUUUUGAAGGACCCAAAUGAAAGGAGUCCUGAAAACAACAAUCGCUAUAACGGUAGCAGAAAGAAGCUGAAGCUUACAAAGGAGCAAUCAGCCACGUUGGAGAAUAACUUCAAGCUGCACACCACUCUUAACCUUGUACAGAAACAGGCACUUGCAGAGCAAUUGAAUUUAAAGCAUAGGCAAGUUGAAGUUUGGUUUCAGAACCGAAGAGCAAGGACCAAGCUGAAACAAACAGAGGUAGAUUGCGAGUUUUUGAAGAAAUGCUGUAAAAAACUAAGCGAAGAGAACCAAAGGUUGAAGAAGGAAUUGCAAGAGCUACGAGCACUAAAAGUUGGACCGUCCCCCCUGCACAUUCAACUGUCCAAGGCUACAACCUUAACCUUAUGUUCAUCGUGCGAGGGGCUAUUGAAGCCCAAUGAAGGAAACAAAGCAACCGUUUCCGAUGUGGUCCGAAACAACCAUCACAAAUUGCAAAGCAGCAUAGAAUUAGAGGGCAUUUAG